UCAAAUGAACGAUUCCGACAUCACAGGUCUGGGGCUGAGCUCGAGCUCUCUAGUCUCUAUCAAAUCCCAGAGACGAGGAGUAGGAAGCUCUGUGGAGACAUGUAAAAUGGCAGAGCUGCAGAUGUUACUAGAGGAAGAAAUUCCAGCCGGUAAACGAGCUCUCGUGGAGAGUUACCAGAACCUUACGAGGGUCGCGGACUACUGUGAGAAUAAUUAUGUUGAGGCACAGGAUAAGAGGAAAGCCUUGGAGGAGACUAAAGCCUACACCACCCAGUCCCUGGCAAGUGUGGCCUAUCAGAUCAAUACCUUAGCCAACAAUGUCCUGCAGUUGUUGGAUAUCCAGGCCUCGCAGCUGCGCAGGAUGGAGUCCUCCAUUAACCACAUAUCUCAGGUUUAUAGUUUAUGGGACUGCAGAAAUCAUGCCAUCCAAGGAGGUUCUGGACACUUGGCUGUUGCAUGUGAAAUAUGAGUUUCAUACAAACAGGAAAUGGAGCUCUAGAUAU